CCCCCCCCCCCCACCUCUCUCUCUCUCUCUAGAGCUCUUCGCUAGAACCGAGCCUUCUUAGCAUCCAUCGAGAUGUUUCGCAGGGCCGCAGAAGACGUUGAGAAGGCGCCGCAGGUGGGCAAUGCCAACUUCGACGAUAGCAGCGAUGGUGCUGUUCCCGGAGAAAGCUUCGAGUAUGGCAACUCGCUGUAUGCGAGGUUACAGCGGAUCGCUGGCAAGUUCAACAUCGAACAGCGAGGCAUCGAGCGGGUGCCAGAGAGCGAACGGACGGAUACCUCGUAUCUGAACAUUGGCAGCAUGUGGCUUGCGGCAAACAUGGUCGUCAGUUCCUUCGCCAUCGGUGUGCUCGGAAAGUCCCUCUUCUAUCUGGGGUUUGUCGACGCCAUCCUGGUGGUCAUCUUCUUUAACCUUCUGGGCGUCUUGUCCGUCUGUUUCUUCUCGUCCCUGGGCCCUGCCUUCGGCCUUCGCCAGAUGGUGCUCACGAGAUUCUGGUUCGGCUGGUGGUUUACCAAGUUCAUUGCCAUCCUUAAUGUGCUCGCCUGUCUGGGUUGGUCUGCGGCCAACUCCAUCGUGGGCGCCCAGCUGAUUCAUGCCGUGAAUAAUAACGUGCCUGGUUUCGCCGGUAUCCUGAUCAUCACCCUGUGCACGCUGUUUAUCACAUUCGCUGGAUACAAGGUCGUCCAUCUGUACGAGUACUGGAGUUGGAUCCCCACCGCCAUCGUCUUCUUCAUUGUGCUGGGCUGCUUCGCCCAUUCGGGUGACUUCCGCAACCUGCCCAUGGACGUCGGCACGUCGGAGAUGGGUGAUGUCCUGUCGUUCGGCGCUACCGUCUAUGGGUUUGCGACCGGCUGGACCAGCUAUGCAGCAGACUACACUGUCUAUCAGCCCUCCAACCGCAGCAGCCGCCUCGUCUUCCUUUCCACCUGGGUCGGACUGAUCGUGCCGCUCCUGUUCACGGAGAUGAUCGGCGUGGCCGUCAUGACUGCGACCAGCCUCAACGGUGGUGACAACAAGUACAUGACCGGGUACGACAACUCCGGCAACGGCGGUCUGCUUGCCGCCGUGCUGGAGCCUCUCGGUGGCUUCGGCAAGUUCUGUCUGGUCAUCCUGGCUCUGUCCAUCAUCGCCAACAACUGCCCCAACAUCUACUCCGUCUCGCUCACCCUGCAAGUCCUGGGCCGUUGGACCCAGCGGGUGCCUCGCUUCAUCUGGGUCAUCCUCGCCUCCUGCAUCUCCAUCGCAGUCGGCAUCCCCGGCUACUCUCACUUCGAGACCAUCCUUGAGAACUUCAUGGACAUCAUUGCCUACUGGCUGGCCAUCUACACUGCCAUCGGCUUUGCCGAGCAUGUGAUCUUCCGUCGCGGCAUCUCAGGCUACCGCCCCGAAGACUAUGAUAAGCCAGAUAAACUCCCCUACGGCAUCGCGGCUGGUGUUGCCUUCUUCUUUGGUGUCGCGGGCAUGAUCACCGGCAUGAGCCAGACCUGGUGGGUCGGUCCUAUCGCCCUGCAUGCCGGUGAGGCUCCGUACGGUGGUGACGUCGGCUUCGAGCUAGGCUUUGCUUUCGCCUUUGUCGUUUACUGUGCCUUGAGGCCCUUCGAACUGAAAUACCUUCGUCGGUAGACCGGCAUGGUUGCAUUUCUCUUCGAUAUAUAUAUUAGUUUUUUCUGUGUAGCUCUAAUUCAAAUAAUGACUAGACC